AUGGAGGCUGUCUGUGUUCUGCUGCUGUUGCUGAGCUGCUGUAGUCUGUCUGGUGCGCAAGUUGAGAGCAGUAGUGAGGGAAACGUCACAAACGAAAUCUCUCAACGCUUUGACGACAAAGUAGGAAACAACUUGAUGAAAGAGCCGAUGGAGAGUCUCGGUGAAGUGGCAGGCACCACCGGCUCCCGAUCGGACAUCUACACUGUGCUGAGAGAACUUAGUGCCAAAGUGGAAGAUCUGGAGAAGGCAGGUAAUGAGAGACAUAAGGUGGCGUUCUCAGCAUCACUCUUCCCAUCAUCUCAACACAGAGGGCCCUUUAAUAUUGACACCACCCUGAUAUUCACAAAUGUUAUCACAAACAUUGGCCAAGCUUACAACUCUGGAACAGGUGUCUUUGCUGCACCGGUGAGAGGUGUCUACUACUUCACGUUCACUUGCAAUUCUAGGACUACAGGAAAAGUGAAUGCGGCCCUGUUGAAGAAUGGCCAAAAUAUGGCUGCAGUGAUUGAAAAUGGUCAUGUUGACAGCAUGGGGUCAAAUAGUGUAAUACUGCAGUUAGAUGAAGGUGAUCUUGUUAACAUUAUCCUCUGGAGUGACAACAGCAUCUAUGAUAAUGGAUACAGGAGCACAUUCACUGGUGUCCUGCUCUUUCCAAUGUGAGGAGAGCGUACCAUUUGCUUUUUGUAUGUUUAAUGAUUGUAAAGUUUUGUAGGAAUGUAUGUACUAUAAUCAAACACUGAUGCUCGUCUUCCUUCAGGAAAUACUGCAGGUGCAUUUCUCCAACGUUUGUGCAAACAGGAUUCUGAAGGUUUUACAAAUGUAUGAUUUAUAAAGAUUCUUAAUCACCAAUACAGUAAAACUGGUUUAUCAGAUGUCACAGAUGCAUAGGAACCCCCCCCACUAAGAGACCCAGCACUAACUACAGUGAGCCUGAGCACACUGUACUAGAGCAUAUGUGUAAGGACCGACGCCAGAGAUGAGAAGCAGGUACGGGGAGUCAACAUUUAAUCAGGAACAAACAGAUAACAGGACAGGAACAGUAUCAGCACACGGGUAAACAAGGAUAAAUGACAAUCAAUGCAGAAGCAGGGAACAGAGUUGGGAACCAGACAGAUAUAGGGAAGGUAAUGACAGAAGUGAUUGAGUCUAGGUGAGUCCAAUAAUCGCUGAUGCGCGUGACGGGGGGAGGCAGGUGUGCGUAAUGAUGAUGGCAGGAGUGAGAAGUUCUGGUGAGCCUGGUGCCCUCGAGCGCCAGGGGGGGAGGAGCAGGCGUGACAAUAUGUUUAGUUGAAUUGAAUUUAUUUCGCUUAUGUAACCAAGGAGCCUCAGAAACUGAAUGUACCAUACAUACUGCAGUGUCACAGAAAACAGUUUUGUUAACAUAACCUGGUUUAAUAAAAUCAUUUUUGUUCUGUUCUGGAAAAUAAAACAAAUAUAAGGAUCCAACCUA